AUGCGCGAGCCGAAAACCCACCCGAGCGUGGAAGAUGCUCGCGAUGUUGAGAUCGUGUCUGAUGACAUCGAUGAGCAGCAUUUUGAUGCAUCAUACCGCAGUCCUCAGGAGAAAGCACUGAUAGAUCUAACAUUGGUAAGCAUGAAUCUGACUCUUGCUCGGUCAGUCCUCACCUUGCUCGGCAAAGGAAAUGCAAAAAUUCUCAACCAUGAUACGCACAAUGACCUCCUAACUGAGACUAAGAUGACCUCGUAUCAAUACACGAUUGCGCUUAUGGUGUUCCUCAUUGCUUAUGCGCUGUUCGAAGUCCCUUCAAACUACUUUUUAAAGAAGCUUAGGCCGAGUAGAUGGAUUGCGUUUCUGAUGCUGUCAUGGGGCGCGUGCACAAUGGGCUUGGGAGGAGCCCAUAACUUCGCUCAGGUCACCGGCCUGCGUUUCCUGCUAGGAGGUAUACCCCCUCCCAAGACCCAGUAUUAA